GGCUCUUUAAAAGCGAGCAUCCACAGUCUAACUAAACACUGCGUGGAUUUUAGGGGAGGAAAAAAAGAACUACUGAAGACCGCAACCAUGGUUGACAAGUUUGUAGGAACAUGGAAGAUGAUUUCCAGCGAGAAUUUUGAUGAUUACAUGAAGGCACUGGGAGUGGGUUUUGCCACCAGGCAGGUGGGGAACCGAACCAAACCCAACUUCAUAAUGAGCGUGGAUGAUCAGGGGAUGAUCUGCAUGAAGUCUCAGAGCGCCUUUAAAACCACUGAGGUCAAGUUCAAGCUCAAUGAGCCUUUUGAUGAGACAACUGCUGAUGACCGAAAGACUAAGAGUGUGGUCAGUCUGGAUAAUGGUAAACUAAUCCAGAAACAGAGCUGGGAUGGCAAAGAGACCAGUAUUGAGAGGGAGAUCUCUGAUGGAAAACUGGUUGCGAAAUGCAUUAUGGGAGACGUGGUGGCAGUGAGGACGUAUGUAAAGGAGUGACCUUUUCCUUGAUGACCAGCUCAGUUUAAUGAGCAUGCUCCCAAAGAAUGACGUGUUCUGCUCUCUUUACACGCUGUUUUCCAAAGCCUGCUUUUUUUUUUUUUUUGUACCUUGUUGCCCCAAAUUUGAUUCCCUUUUUGGGUUUCGUUUGGAAAUGUUGUGGUGGUUUGUGAAUAAAAGAAUUAAGCUUUUGUCAAAUUGA